AUGAAGCACCUUGGCUCAAUGCUGUUUUUAGUAGGAUUAGCAAGCUACGCAAGUUUAUACGCUAACGCAGCGGCGAUUUCGCAGCCCUCUGUUUUGCCGGAAGCACCAGUCUUGCAGAAAACGGGCCAAAUUAAGGAGUGGGAGAAAGAAACUGUUCCAAAUGACCAAGCCAACAGUGAAUGUCCAUGUACACCGUUUAAUAUCUGGCUUGAUGUCUUCUUUCUUCUUGACUCUUCGUCAGCAAUGACAACGAGUGGCUUUCAGUUUAUCACCGCUUAUGUGGAAUCUGUUCUCUUUCGAAUGAGCGUUGGACUUGCUGACGGCCAACAAACGCGUGUUGGAUUUAUCACCUACGGGGCUAACGCGCACAUGCACUAUAAUCUCUCGCAUUGGGAAUCCUCCAACGAUGUAUUGAAUGAUCUGAAUUUAACUCUGAACAGCAGCGUGGGGACAAAUAUCGAAGCGUGA